UUAGACUAGCUUUAUAUCAUCUUGUACCUUUAUAUCACUAUAUAUAGCCCCUCAUAAAUGUCCAUUUAUUAUCAAAAGAAACCAAACAUGAUGAUGUUUAAGAUUUCACUAGCAAUUGUUUGUGUCAUUGGCUUAGCCACGGUCCAUGUCUCCCUUGCCCAAAACUCACCACAAGACUACCUCAAUGCUCACAACGCAGCUCGUGCACAGGUGGGCGUUGGACCCAUGAGAUGGGAUGCAAAAGUAGCUUCUUAUGCCCGAAACUACGUUGAGAAACUUAAAGGUAACUGCAAACUUGUGCAUUCAGGAGGUCCUUAUGGUGAGAACCUAGCAUGGGGUAGCCGUGACCUUUCGGGCACAGCCGCUGUGAACAUGUGGGUAGCAGAGAAGCCCAAGUAUGACUACAACUCUAAUUCAUGUGUUGGUGGUGAAUGCCGCCACUAUACACAGGUGGUUUGGAGCAACUCAGUGCGUUUGGGGUGUGCCAAAGUUCGAUGCAACAAUGGUGCCACCAUCAUCAGUUGCAACUAUGACCCUCCAGGCAACUAUGUCAAUCAGCGUCCCUAUCUAAGAGUUAUUCAAGAACCUCUAGGCAUCAAUAAUGUUUAGGGUACUUUUUUGUUUUUGUUUUUUCUGGUUUUGCUUUUUUUUUUUUUUUCCUUAAAUAAUAAGUGAUGGAUAUGAUCCAAGUUGUUCCCAUGUUGAGAACCGGGUAAUGACUCUUGGGUGCGUUUAAAGAACAGCUAAAUUAUUUUAAAAACCAAGUCAUGCAUUAUGAUAUAAUAAAAAUGAGACAUAAACUUAUUACUGCUCUUGAUCAAUGAAUACUUUUGUUGUAGCAAGCUUAUUUGUGGUGUUAUACAGAUGGGAAUUACUACUAAUAAUAAUUGGAUUUAUUGAGAA